AUGAGCAUGUCUGUGCUGAGCCCCACCCAGCUCCCGGGUAGCCUCUCCGGGCUCCUCCAAGUGGCGGCCCUGCUGGGCCUGCUCCUGCUGCUGUUCAAGGUAGCUCAGCUCUACCUGCGCCGCCAGUGGUUGCUCAGAGCCCUCCAGCAGUUCCCGUGCCCGCCCUCCCACUGGCUCCUGGGGCACAGCGGAGAGUUCCAGAAGAACCAGGAGCUGCCACAGAUUCUGAAAUGGGUAGAGAAAUUUCCGAGUGCCUUCCCACAGUGGCUGUGGGGGAGCAACGUCCGAGUCCAGCUCUACGACCCAGACUACAUGAAGGUGAUUCUGGGCAGAUCAGACCCAAAGGCUCGCAGUGUCUACGAGUUCUUGGCCCCCUGGAUUGGGUAUGGUCUGCUCCUACUGAAUGGGCAGAAGUGGUUCCAGCACCGGCGCAUGCUCACCCCAGCUUUCCACUACGACAUCCUAAAGCCCUACGUGGGGCUCAUGGCAGACUCCGUCCAAAUCAUGCUGGACAAAUGGGAGCAGCUGGUCAGCCAGGACUCCUCGCUGGAGGUCUUCCAACACGUCUCCCUGAUGACCCUGGACACCAUCAUGAAGUGCGCCUUCAGCUACCAGGGCAGCGUCCAGCUGGACAGCAGGAAUUCCCACUCCUACAUCCAGGCCAUCAAUGACCUGAACAACUUGGUGUUUGCCCGGGUGAGGAACAUCUUUCACCAGAGCGACACCCUCUACAGGCUGAGCCCUGAAGGCCGCUUGGCCCACCGUGCCUGCCAGCUCGCCCACGAGCACACAGACCGAGUGAUCAAGCAGAGGAAGGCUCAGCUGCAGCAGGAGGGGGAGCUGGAGAAGGUCAGCAGGAAGAGGCGCUUGGAUUUCCUAGAUGUCCUCCUCUUUGCCAAGAUGGAGAACGGGAGCAGCCUGUCUGAUCAGGACCUCCGCGCCGAGGUGGACACAUUCAUGUUCGAAGGCCACGACACCGUGGCCAGCGGCGUCUCCUGGAUCUUCUAUGCUCUGGCCACGCACCCCGAGCAUCAGCACCAGUGUCGCGAGGAGAUCCAGGGCCUCCUAGGGAACGGAGCCUCCAUCACCUGGGAGCACCUGGACCAGAUGCCCUACACCACCAUGUGCAUCAAGGAGGCGCUGAGACUCUACCCAUCGGUGCCAGCUGUUAGUAGAGACCUCAGCAAGUCUGUCACCUUCCCUGAUGGACGCUCCCUACCCAAGGGCAUCAUGGUCACACUCUCCAUCUAUGGCCUGCAUCACAACCCGAAGGUGUGGCCAAACCCAGAGGUGUUCGACCCUUCCCGCUUCGCACCAGGUUCUGCUCGCCACAGCCACGCUUUCCUGCCCUUCUCAGGGGGAUCCAGGAACUGCAUCGGGAAGCAAUUUGCCAUGAAUGAGCUGAAGGUGGCCGUGGCCCUGACCCUGCUGCGCUUCGAGCUGCUGCCGGAUCCCAGAAACGUGCCCGUCCCCACAGCACGGGUUCUGCUGAAGUCCAUCAACGGGAUCCACCUGCAUCUAAGGAAGCUCCACUAA